AUGUUUGUCAAUGUGAUUAGAGGUGCCCUUUUGGGUUUAUCACUUGGUGCAGAAGCACGUUCUCUCUCGCGAGCAAAUAGCGAUGCUCGCCAAUCCAGUUCUUGCGAGAAUACGGCCACAUCUCGCAAUUGCUGGGGAGAAUACAGCAUCGAUACUGAUUACUACCAGACCACGCCCGACACGGGGGUUACAAGAGAGUACUGGCUUACAGCCGAGAAAAUUGUCUUGGCACCCGACGGAUACGAGCGGGAAGUACAAGUCUUUAAUGGCUCCCUUCCAGGACCAACUAUCGAGGCAAACUGGGGAGAUGAGGUUGUGAUUCAUGUCACUAAUGCGAUACCGGAUAAUGGCACCGCAAUCCACUGGCACGGAAUACGCCAGCUAAACACAAAUCACCACGACGGUGUACCUGGCGUGACCCAAUGCCCAAUAUCUCCCGGGGAGACCGUGACGUACCGCUGGCGAGCAACUCAGUACGGGACAACCUGGUAUCAUUCUCACUUCAGCCUGCAGCUCGCCGAAGGCCUCUACGGUCCAAUCGUCAUCCACGGCCCAGCUACUGCCGACUACGAUGUCGAUGUUGGUGCCGUAAUGAUUCAAGACUGGUCUCAUGUCAGCGCCUUUGAGGUCUGGGAAGAGACGCAGCGAAAGAUUGCCCUAUACCAGCCCGUCGCGGAAAAUGGUCUCAUCAACGGCUUGAACCCCUUUGACUGUGAUGGAUCAACUGAUGCCGCCUGCAUUGGGACGUCUGAACGAUAUGAGAUCAACUUUGAGCAGGGCAAAAAGUACCUCUUGCGCAUCGUCGGAAUUCAAGCCGACGGGUGGAUGAAGUUUACCAUUGAUAACCACAACCUCACCGUCAUUGCAAAUGAUCUAGUCCCGAUUGAACCGUACACCACGACCAAUGUCAUUCUCGCCAGCGGGCAGCGCUACGAUGUCAUUGUCGAGGCCAACCAGGAUGUGGACAAUUAUUGGCUACGGGCCAUUUAUCAGACGGCCUGCAACAAUAACGACAAUGACAACAAGGACAACAUCCUCGGCGUGGUUCGGUACAAUGGAUCUGACGCGACCCAAGACCCCGCGAGCACCGUGGACUCGGACAUUGACGACUCGUGCGGCGAUGAGCCCUACGACAGCCUGGUACCUUGGCUCUCCCACGAGGUAGGCGACAGCGUCAUUGAAGACUACCUGGCGCUGGGCUGGUUUUACGAGCUCGACCUCGUCUUUCACUGGACAAUCCAGAGCAAGACGCUCAUUGUGAAUUGGUCGGCACCCACUAUUAUGGACGUCUAUGAUGAUGGCGGGCCGACACCAGACUUUCCCGACAAUAGCAAUGUCGUCUCUGUCGAUGUGGUCGACCAGUGGGUAUACUGGGUGAUACAGGAUCUCACGCUGGUCAAUGCAUUCCACCCCAUGCACCUCCACGGGCACGACUUUUACAUUCUCGCCCAAGGAUCGGGAGCAUUCCUGCCGGGCAUUACCGCGCUCAACACCAAGAACCCGCCUCGGAGAGACACGGCGACUCUGCAUGGCAACGGAUAUCUCGUGAUUGCAUUCAAGACGGACAAUCCCGGAUCAUGGCUUCUUCACUGCCACAUUGCAUGGCAUGCCAGCCAAGGGCUUGCCAUGCAGCUUGUCGAGCGAGCUUCAGAGAUCCCUUCUCUAAUGGAUGCCGACGUGGGAUCCAUGACUGAUACCUGUCAGGCAUGGAACACUUUUUACAGCUCGCCUGAUCAGGCUGAUGAUGAGCAGGAUGAUUCUGGGAUUUGA